AUGGAUACCCUUGACAUAGAGUUUCCACAUUCGCUAGAGGAUAUACAGUUAAAUCUUGUUGGUCUUUUUGUAAUCCCCACACAUCUUGAUCAGUUGAUGAACCUACGUAACUUGUCGAUUAGUGGAACCACAAUCAAACGAGCUGCUAUUAAAUUUCACACCAACUCGCUCGAAACGUUGAAUUUUUCAUGCAACCCAAUAGAGGAGGUACUAUUGUUACUCCCCGAAGGUGUAACCAAUCUCAGACUGGUCACAUUGUCUCAUAAUCAAAUACUAAUGAUUUCGAUGGAGUGCAUAGGGCAUAAUACCAAAGCUUUGAACAGCAACUUGUAUGACUUGGAUGAAGACCAAAUAUCCAGUUUGAUUUCGAAUUUCCCAAAGGCAACACAAUGUUUGUGGGACAAUGAACAAAACUAUCCAUUUCGUGGGGAAAAUUAUCUAUACAGUGAGCUUGGAAGUGAAGUAUAG